AUGCCGAUUCUCAAAAUGCAGGCCGAUAUUCCCCACCACAUGAUAUCCUUCCCACCGAACUCCCCUUCACCGACACCGGCGGCAAAGCUACCACGUCAUCACCACGACCACAACAAGAAUUCCAACCGCCACGUCCCCAAAGCCAUAUCGAUCUCAUCACCACCACCCACCAUCACCACCACCACCACCAACCACGAAACGACGCCGUUGGACCAAAACGACGACGCCGUGGCGGCCUUCUGGGACUACCAGUUCCUCUUCAUCUCCCAGCGCAAGGAAACAACCCAACCCAUCACCCUCCUCCCCGUAAACGGCGCCGUCCCACCCGACUUCCCGAAAGGAACGUACUACCUGGCCGGACCCGGUCUGUUCAGCGACGACCACGGUUCGACCGUCCACCCGCUGGACGGCCACGGUUACCUCAAAUCGUUCCACGUGGCGGCAGCUGGGGAGGGGAAUAAAGAAGUUCAAUUCAUGGCCAAGUACGUGAGGACGGAGGCGCAGAUGGAGGAGCACGAGCCGGAGACCGACACGUGGCGGUUCACCCACCGCGGGCCGUUCUCGCUGCUGAAGGGCGGGCGGCGGGUCGGGAACACGAAGGUGAUGAAGAACGUGGCGAAUACGAGCGUGUUGAAGUGGGGGAGGAGGUUGUUCUGUCUCUGGGAAGGUGGGGAUCCUUAUCAGAUUGAUCACCGGAGUUUGGAUACCGUCGGCAGGUUCGGCUUGAUCGAUGAUGGUGGUGGUGGUGGUGAGAAGAAGGAGAAAGAGUCGCAUGACGCCGGCGGUGGAGGGGUCGAUUUGUGGGAUGUGGCCGCCGGUUUGUUGAAGCCUAUUUUGUACGGUGUAUUUAGAAUGCCACCAAAGAGAUUGCUGUCGCAUUACAAGCUCGACACCAAAAGGGACAGGCUCCUCACCUUGUCAUGCAAUGCCGAGGAUAUGCUCAUGCCUCGCAACAACUUCACAUUUUAUGAGUACGAUUCGAAUUUCAAGCUACUACAGAAGCAAGAGUUCGAAAUCCCAGAUCGGCUAAUGAUCCACGACUGGGCUUUUACGGACACACACUACAUAUUGUUCGGCAACCGCAUCAAAAUCGAUGUUCUAGGGGCAAUCCAGGCGGUGUGCGGAUUAUCUCCAAUGAUAUCGACGCUGUCGGUGGACCCACCUAGCAGCUCCACUUCUCCGAUUUACUUGCUCCCGCGUUUUCCCGAAAACGACGACGGCGGCCGGGACUGGAGGGUUCCGGUGGAGGCUCCCGCGCCGAUGUGGCUGCUCCACGUCGGAAAUGCGUUUCAGACGGUGGAUGAGAGCGGGAACGCCGAGAUCCGCGUCCACGCUGCCACUUGCUCCUACCAGUGGUUCAAUUUCACCAAACUCUUCGGAUACAACUGGCGGAGCGGGAAGCUGGACCCGUCGGCGAUGAACUUCGCCAAGGAAAGCGAGUACGAGCUCCUCCCGCACCUCGUCGAGGUCACCAUCAACCUCAGCAGCGGUAGUACUUGUGACGUGGCGCCGCUGAACCAAUGGAACAAGGCCACCGACUUCCCCAUCAUCAACCCGGCCUUCUCCGGCGACAGGCACCGCUACGUCUACGCCGCCGCCUGCUCCGGCUCCCGCCCCACGCUGCCUCACUUCCCCUUCGACACCGUGGUCAAGAUGGACGUCGAGGAAGGGUCCGUCGCCACGUGGACCGCCCCUCGCCGGACCUUCAUCGGCGAGCCAAUCUUCGUUCCCAAACCUCAGUACUCUUCGGGACCGGGGGAAGAAGACGACGGCUACCUCCUUGUGGUCGAGUAUGCGGUAGCGAUACAAAAGUGUUAUCUGGUGAUUUUGGAUCCGAAGAGGAUCGGGGAAGGCGAUGAUGCUAUUGCGGCGAGGUUGGAAGUCCCCAGAGAGCUCAAUUUCCCGCUUGGUUUCCAUGGUUUUUGGGCUCCCGAUGACGAUGAUGAUCUUUAG